AAAUUCUCGGAAGCGCUCUGGACUAACGAAACGGCGCUCCAAGAGAUCAAACGCAUUGUUCCGCUCGAAAGAGUCGGCGAACCCGAAGAGAUCGCAGGAAUCGUGUCUUUCCUCGCGUCCGACGACUCCUCCUAUUUGACCGGAGAGUCCAUUGCCGUCGCCGGCGGAUACUUCUCGCGACUUUGA